AUGCCAAAAAUCAUGGAGAACGCUAGGCAAGAUUUCGAUGAGCUCGCGUGGGAUAAAAAUGAUGAGGAAUGGGAAGAGGCCCAGACAGCGUUGAGCAAGAAGUCCUUGUGCCGCCGCCUUGAAUUGCUGGUGGCGGAGAAAUUCGGAAAGCCAGCAACCUGGAUCACCCCAAUGAUUAUUGGCGGGUUCAAUAAUCUGUAUCGAAUACGCGUUGAGGAUGUCUCUCCCGAUGUUCAGGCCCAGUUUCCGGAAGAGAAAACUCUCCGAGAGGCGGCAACUGCGAAGUAUAUACAACAGAAUACUAAAAUACCCACUCCGCGGGUAUUAUAUUAUAGUGAUUUCUCUGACGUUGGGCCAUUCAUCAUCAUAGAGCGCGUCGAGAAUAAGUCAACCUUAUCGCAUGCCUUGACCACACCCGGCGUUGACCGUUCAAUAACUCAUACAUUGAAUCCAAACAUCUCCCAAACUACACUAGAAGACCUCUAUCUGAAAGUGGCGAAUAUCAUCUUCGAACUCUCACAUCACAAAUUUCCACGGAUUGGGUCCUUACUCGAAGCGAAAGAUGGUUCCUUUUCUGUGGAUGGGCGACCGAUUACUCAAAAUAUGAGCGACAUGCUUCAGCUCGCUAAUAUCCCUUCUGCCAUCUUCUCGCCAGAGUACAAGGCCUUCCGAUGCUCAGACGAGUACUACUUGAACCUAGCGCAGGGUCAUCUGGUACAGCUGAUAUUCCAACAUAACGACUUGGUCAAAUCAGCGGACGACUGCCGGAACAAAUACGUUGCUCGCCAACUUUUCCGUCAGCUGGCGAGGCAAGGUCGACUCUCUACGUUUGGAUUCGCUGAGGAUGACUGGUCUGCCCAGGCAAGGAGCAAAACUUCAAAACUCUUGCCAGUGCCUUCAAACUCAGACUCAUUUCGGCUCUAUGGCGAUGAUUUUCGUCCUGGAAAUAUACUAAUAAACGAUGCCAACGAAGUUGUUUCUAUCAUUGACUGGGAAUUCACGUAUACUGCACCCACACAAUUCGUUCUUGAUCCUCCGUGGUGGUUACUACUUGACACCCCAGAAAUGUGGGAUGCUGGUAUUGACGAUUGGGUACAGAAUUAUGAGCAUCGACUUGAGACAUGGUUAUCCGCCAUGAAGCAAGCUGAGGGGAGUGCGGGCUCUAAAUCCAAGUCUACAGAAUUCCCGUUGUCGGCAUAUAUGAGAGAGAGCUGGGAAACGGGGCGGUUCUGGCUGACUUAUGCAGGGCGGAAGAGCUGGGCAUUUGAUACCGUCUUCUGGAAAUAUUUGGAUGAGAGGUUCUUUGGUCAGAGGGAAGAUGGUGUUGAGAAAAAUGAGCUUUGGAAGACAAGAGUCCAUCUUCUAAGCGAGGGUGCGAAGAAUGCAAUGGAGCCAUUUAUAGAACGGAAGGUAGAGGAGAUGAAGGAGCGGAAACUGGUCGAGUGGGAUCCAGAAGCAGCGAAGAGUCGAUUGGCGGAGGUGCUUUUUGAUGAUGAAAUGCAGUAA